GGUUUGUUAUCGUAUAAUAAAGAAAUAUUUUUUCAUGUGGGAAAAUAUUUUUUUAUAACUUUUUUUACAUAGUGUUAUAUUUCUUCGAUUACCGUAUACAACUUAUAUAACUUAAAAUGGUCGAAUAAUAAUAAUCUUAAUUAAUGAAAUUAAUUAUUUCAUUUACUCAAUAAAAAUAGUGCGCUGUAGAUCAAGCCAGAUAAUGCAACGAUUAAAUCAAUGUUGUUGGGAAAUAGGGAAACAAGGAAUAGGAAAAAGUUUUGUUGCUAAAUUAAUCGUAGUCGAUGUUCAGAUCAUAGACGGCGAUAACAUAUAGACAAAUUUUUAACUCAGGAAAACAUCAGUAUAUAAUAAUAAUAAUAAGUUAAAUUUUAUGUACUUUAAAAAUAACUAAUUAAAAUUAAAAAUUAACUUUUAAAAUAAAAUAAGUUAAAAGUUAUUAACUUUUUAAUUUUAUUAGAUUAACUUCUAACUUGUUAAUUACUAUCCAACCCCCUGAUUAAGCAUUGCGCUUUUGAAUUUCGAAAUCGUUCGAGACUCUAUUUACUUCAGUCGCAUUUCGAAAUUGCGCUGGUUGCGCUUGUAUCAUGUAUUUUCUGGUAGAUACAAAGAGAAAUUUAUGAAAUUUAUUGUACGCAAUCAUGGCUAACAUUAGAACCGAAAAACGGAUCGAGACUACUAUGUAUUGUGUAAAUAUUAUCUAAUAUUAAACAUUAUUCGAGUUUAAGAUUCUGUCAACCUCGGAAUUAAUUGAAUUUAGGGUUAAAAAAUAAAAAACUGCUUGCAAAAACGAUUUUAUUUAAUAGCACGAGGAACAAAUGUCCCAUUAAGGUUUUCACCUAUUUAUUUGUUUCAUGUCAUUACUCAAACACCUAUUAUAUGUCCAACAACUUCAGCCAUGGAGUGCAGUCGGUAAGGAGCAGGUUGUUGAUCCUCCGGUUUCAACCAGAGUCGGAACCUCAAGAUCUUCUACUUUAAGAUACAAGGUCGUAGAACCGAUUCCCUUGUAAGCAAUUUGCUGUAUUUCCAAUAUUCAAAAGUACAAGUACCAAUUAAAAAAUCUCAAGCUAUAUUUUAAUUAUAUAUGUGUGUUCUGUAUGUGUGUGUGUGUGUGUAUUCUCUGCAGUUUUAAGACAUUUUUUUUGUUUGAAUUAAAUCUUUACUUAGGCCUAUGCAGCCUAUAACAAAUAUGCUGAUGGAUGCUUGUCGCACGUCAUAUGGAUUGACAACGGUACCGUUGAAGUUCCCAAAUUUGGUGACCGGUUUUGAUCGCAAUCCCUCGCACGCGGCGCGUGCCGCGCUUUACAUGCGGUAUACUCGAGGUGAUUGGACACAGAAUCAAGUCGAGCUUUACAAUGAAGCAAGUGCAAGUAGAAACUAUUCCGAAAAUUUGCGGAAGAAAACUACAUGUUUAAUACGAGAAAUCGAUGAAAAGGUACAGAAAGGGCAAAGGGAAAGUGAUCGAAAACUCGGGGAGAGAAUCAUUUUCUGGAGGAAUAAAGUAGCAUUGGAAUUAGAGAAAUUAAUCGUAGAAAACGAUAAAAUGCAAAAAUGUCGGCAUAAUUUGCAAACUAUAAUCCAAAAUCUUGAGGUGCAGUUACAUAUCGCGCAAGAAUGUCUAUAUCAUCGCGAGUUGAGGAAAGGUAUUGAUUUGGUUCAUGAUGAAGUCGAAAAAGCUCUGCUAGAAGAAAUCGAAACGGUGAGAAAUUGUGAAAAGAAAUUAAAUCAAUUCACGGAUAAAUGUACCAAUCAGUUAACAAACGGCAGAGCCGCACAACAUCAACUGCAAAUUGAUAUACAAAACGAAGAAAGAACCUUAGGAUUCGACAGGGUUUGUCAUCAGAUGAACAAUUUUAGUCGAGGUCUGCAAGACUAUGGUAGUACAGAAACAUAUCCCUGUACUACUGGGACUGAAUCUUGGAUGGAAGUGUCAAACAGUAUAAUGAAAAAAUCGCAGACAGAGCAAGCAAAAUCGUGCAAACUGCGAAGUGACACGGACAGCGUUAUAAAUGCAGUAAGCUAUGAGACAUUCAAGGCUUGGGUUGAAACCAAUAAAGCGUUGGACAAACGAGUUGCCGAGAUGUUAGAAGCAAAGAAAAAAUUACAAAUGCAUUUACAAAAGAUUCAAGAAGAGAUCAUCGAUGUCGAGAGGAGUAUAGCAUUAAUACAAAAGAUCAUCACUGAUAAAAGUCCAGCAUUGAAAAUUGCGCAACUUGAGACCCAGACGCAUCCGAAAAGUGAAUUGUGCAAGGAUCAAUCUCAACUCAGGAUAACUAAAGAGGUAGAGGAUAUUAAUAAAUUAAUGUAUGAUAUAAAUAUGAAAAUGCAACAGUUUGAGGCACAACAUCAGCAACUCUUACGCACGAGAUCUAAUUUGGAAAGCGAUUUGAAGUCCAAGACAGAUGCAUUGUUCAUCGAUAGAGAUAAGUGUAUGGGACUCAGAAGAAGCUGUCCGAUUUCGUCGACUGUGAAAUACUGAGGUUAGAUCGCAGAUGCAUAUAAAAUCUUUACAAACUUUAUAAAAUGCAAACGUAUUAAAAAAAUACUAAAAAGUUUGAGUCGCGAAAGGCAACCAAGCAACAUGUCAAGUCAAUAGAACUAGAAGUAUCAUUGAAAUAUAGCACACAAGAUUAUUUUUAUUAACAACAGCUACAAACAGCUACAUCUUUUUCUGUGGUAAAUAGUACUGUUUAUUUGUCCGUAAAAAGAUUUUAUGUUACAACCAACUUAAAGCUAUUUCAUUUAAUUUUUGCAACUGUACAGUUCUAUAUAAUAAAACAGGACUUAAGUAUUUCAUUGUGAAUGUGAAUCACGCGUGCUUUUAGGAACAUUCACAAGUGAUAUACUGUAACGAUGCAUUUUUUUUCUUUCUCCGAUUAAAGAAGCUAUAUACAAGCUACACGUACUUAAAUAUUAUAGUACAUAUACUACAUGUAUUUAUAGUUAUAUGUACUUAACAUGUCCGAUAAUGAAUUUGAAAAAUAUAUAUCCGACAUAUGUCAAUGAGACCUUUUAUAAAA